GCUGAACUCCGGUCAUUUUCCCCCAACAAUGUCGGGGUCAGGUGCCUGUUGCCCUCAUCCUGCUGUCCAGACACACAUACCGACCCUCAGGCAUCCACACCCUGCCGCACCCCAGCUUAAAUAACUUUCUCCUGCCUUCUAUGUAUCUUCAGUUUCGGCACUGUCCAGCACAUGGCCACUCGGGUACGGAGUUACACAGCCUAGCAUAACUCGUCUCAUUUCUUUUGCACUGUCGUCGGACAAAGAUACAUUUCCAGGUUUGUGAAGACACUUGGGAUUGUUCAUAACCUUAUGCUGAUUUACUGGAGAUUUUGAAAAUUGCAUGGAAUGAACUGUAUGGAAGAGCAGACACUAUAGGAACCCGCUCACUACAGACCUUGGAUCCUCCGAAGGAAUUCAUGUGGUAAAUGUUCCAUAUGCUUCCGAAUGAUUUGAACUAAGACAGUCAAUGUAGUGGAUUGUGAUGUAGUGAACUAAGGUCUGAAUCAGCUACGAUUAGAGGCAGAGCGCUCAGCCAUUUUGAAGGGUUUUGUUUGUGACAGUUUGUGAGUCACGUACUCCAAAAUAGAGACGGAAAUACUUUACGUGCCCACAAGGAAGAGCUAGCACUCCGAGCAUCUGGAGGGUGCAAGUUUUACAGAAACACCCACUAACAGCAACAGACAACAGGAAGCCAGAGGUCACCAUCACUGGAAGUGCCCACCAUCACCUGGACAACCUGACAUAACUUGUACAUAGUGGUCUAAAAUAAUCAAAGUCACAACAGAGUUUGAAAUCUACAGAAUCCGAGUGGCAGCUGAGGAAAGAAUAACUCCAGUAUGAACCCCCAGGGUGGCCAUUAUUUAAACAAGACAGCUGUGCUGUCCCCUCUGGGUGCUGUCCGUUUAACUGAACUUGCUCUCGGCUGUACCGUGAUCUCUUUAGUGGUUCACGUUGCGGGAUACACUGCUGUCUAUGGGAUCUUCUGCAUGGUAUCGUGGAGCACUUGCUUUGCCCUCUCGGCAGCCAUCUUCGCUCUGGACGUGACGCGUCUUCACUCAUGUCUUCCUGUGUCCUGGGAGAACCUGACUGUGACCCUGGCAGCACUGUCUGCUCUGCUCUAUCUCACAGCUUCCAUUGUGUACCCAGUUUACUUUGUGCGCAAUGAGUGCCCAUAUAAUGAUUGCGAGGUUAGAAAUUUCCGGAUAGCCGUAACUGUCUGUUCCUGGGCAGUGUUUGUGGCGUAUAUUGCUGAAGUUUCCCUGUCCCGGGCCAAACCAGCCCGAGCGGUCAGCUACAUGUCCACUCCAUCUGGCCUCCUGAAGGUGGUGCAGGCUUACGUCGGCUGUGCCAUUUUCAUCACUCUUGCUAAUGGGAGUGAGUUCUGGCGUCACCCGGCAACCGUGUACUGUGUGGCAGUGUUCGUGUUUUGUUUUGCCCUGACAGCACUUGUGGUAGCACUGAGUGUGCUCGGACGCACAACCUUCCUGAGUCUGCCUCUCGACCGUUUUGUAGUGCUCUACACGUUUGCAGCAGUGCUGCUGUACGUGAGCGCUGCUGUGACCUGGCCCGUGUUCUGCUUCGACAGGAAGUACGGCACGCCACUCAGACCUCAGGGCUGUCCCGGGGGAAAGUGUGCAUGGGACAGCCAGCUUGUUGUGACUGUGUUCUGCUUUCUCAACCUGGCGUUUUAUAUUGCAGAUCUCUGCUGCUCCCAGAGAGCACGAUUUGUUACACGGCAGCCACGUGUGUAACACCUACAAUGUACUUGUAACCUUCCUAUUUAUUUCUGGAUCCGAGACUGUGCCUCAAAUCACCUUCUUAUAUAUAUUUCUACUGUUCACACAGCAAUAUGAGCAAAGUACAGUAGAAGGACCAUACAUUUGUCUCGCAAUGGACACUUUGUGCGCUGAGCUUUACAUUAAAUUGAAAAACUCUAGGAUAGCAAACGCUUGCUUAAAGAAAUAUGUACAUGAAAAAUCUAUUUUAAACAACUUUCCACUUCCACUUUACUUCCCCAAAUGUAAUCGAUCAGCUAAGAGAUGUCUGAUAGCUGAUACUUGCUUAAUGGAGGUCCAUAUUUAAGCUACAUCAUUUCUUUUUUUAAAUAUAGACUCUAGUAAUAGAAGUGAUCUAAGUAACAGAAUUAGAAAUAAAAGUUACAGAUUAAACUAUAUUAUGACAUAUUAUCUGGUUGUCUAAGAUGGCUGCCUCCACAAUAUUACAGAACCAGCUUGACAGUAAAGUUUUUCUAGAUUACAGUAAGUCUCGGGGAAAGAGAAAAAUAUUUUUUCACUGAGCUAUUUCUUUAAAUCCGUUAGCUAAUGCUGAUGUAAUGUAGCAGUCUGGUUUACAUCCAUGGUUCGCAACAUGGGGCCCGGGAUCCGCAAGGGUCUGUGAAGCAUAGCCAAGGAGUCUGUGUUUUUUUUUGGUUUUUUUUUUUUUAUUACUGUGGUGGAAAAUCAAAAUCCAUUAUUAUUAAAGUUUUUUUUUUAUAGGUAUUAUUAAGUUAUUAUAGUUAUUUACCUUUUUUGACUUGAAUUGAGUUUAAUCCAAAGCAAAUUUUAAUAAAAGUGUGUUUUGUGUGUGGAAAGUUCAGGAAUAAAAAGCUAUAUGGCUAUAUGGCUUGCUCAUUAGGGAUAAAUUUAUAAAUUUACAAGUUUAAAAUGUAUAUUCUGAAUUUAUAUAUUUCUGUAAAGCUGCUUUGUGACAAUGGCCAUUGUUAAAAGCGCUAUACAAAUAAAAUUGAAUUGAAUUGAAUUGAAUAUAGCUCCAAUCAAUACGCCAAAUUUUAUACACAUUCAAGCAUUCUAAUAUUUGAAUUGAAAGAUAAUUAGUUCAUAAAAUGAAUCUGUUGCAGGGGGUUCCAUGGAAUUGCUUUUACAUUAUGUUUGGUUUGUUUUUGUUGUUUUGUUUGCUUGUUUUGGGUUUUUUCAUUUUGUUUUUGUUUGUUUUUAUUGUUUGUUUGGGGAGUUUGUGUGUUUUUGUUUGUGUGAUUGUUUUAUAAAAAUGUUUGAAAACCUCUGGUUUUCAUUACAUGCAUUUUUAACAUUAUUUCUCUUUUGCUAGCAUUUGAAUUUAACAAAUCUCAGUGUUGGGAAUCAAAUUAUUCACAACAAAUACUUUCAAAUAUUUGCAUUAUCUUAUUAAAGACUUGUAAUUCUGAGCUAAUAAGCUACACAAACUAUUAGACAUGACCCAGUUCUGCCAUUAUUGUUGAAAGUGUUGAUCUGUCUCUUUUUUUAUGACCCAAGAUAAAGUGUUCACUGACUCUGAAACAUAAUGCACACAAUCCAUCACACACAUUCUUAAACAAGGACCUUCAGUCCUGAUACACCUUUGAAAGCCAACUGUAGCACGACCACUAUAAUUCUCCUCAUAGUCCUUUUCCCCAGGCAGGUCCUGAGGGUCUUCUCCUCCCUCAGCCAGCUGGUAAGUCUCUCUCUCUCUCUCUCUCUCUCUCUCUAUCUCACACUCUCUCUGUCAGCAUGUUCUGCUCUCCUGGAGGACACGGUGACCAAUCCAGCCAGCUCAGCAUCACGCCAUUAGGAUCGGCAGAUUUUUCACUCAACUUUUCAUUUUCUCCAUCCAGUGCUCUAGCAUUCUCUAUCAAUCACUCUCUCUCUUAUAUCUCAUAUUGCUGAUCUGUUAUGUCUCAUAUGGCUGCUUUUCUUCUCUUUUGUCAUCCGGACAUGGCUAUUUGUUAUCCUUUCUCUUCUUUCCUUUGUUCUUCUGUUUUUUUUCUUCCCUCUUUCUUGUUGAUGGCAAUAAAAGAGAG